GAUGGCAAUCGGGAUGAGUGCAGCGGCAUCUUCUCAAUUGUGUGUGGUGCUCCUCUGUGUAAUCCCAUGCCUUGCAUCGCUACACUUGUUUGCAGAGAAUUCCCAACUGACAACAUACCAGAAGGGGGUGAUCAAGGACGCACUGGGGGAUUUGCUGGCUACCAUCCACCCCGAUCUAUCCUACUACGCGGGCUCCGCCUUCCGCCGAUUUCCAUCAGAAGAUGACAUCUCCAUCACCCUCUUGUUCCAUCCUCGCUCUCAGUGCGGCCGGACGCUAAACUCCACUUGGGUCCGAUCCGCAACCGGGAAGGAUCUCCAGGCGGGCUUCAACGCAACGCUGAAAGAGCUCGACGAGCUCAUGGAGAGAUCAUAUGGCACGGGGUAUGUUUUGUACGGCCAGUUCCUGGUGGGUUACGUCUCGGGCGAACAACCGUAUGGCUGCGUCUCGCUCAAAAACGCAACUGUGGAGGAUGGUGUUGGAUAUUGCUAUGGCUUCGAUAGCAUGCUCUUGUCUGGUUCUCCAUUUGAUACCUUGUAUGCUGGCUGCAUGAUCGAAUCACCAGACAAGAGAUUUGUGCUUAGGAUGGACAAUUGCCAAUUGUCUGUCAUGGAAACUACUACAAACAACACGGUUUGGCAGCCUAAAGUCACAGUGGUGCAGCAGCCUAAUUGCUAUCUCCGGCUCCAGCAGGAUUGGAACUUGGUGCUCUACAACUCAACUGUUGGAACUUCAGAAUUUGCGAAAUGGUCGUCUGCCACUUUCACAAAAAUCAAAACCGGGGCUGUCUGGCUUGAAGUUGGACCAGACGGAGUACUGACGAUUUAUCUUGGAACUGGACCUGGCGGCGCUCAAAGCAUUUGGAAGAGCAAAACCGACAGUCAUCGUGAUUUUGACGAUAUAUAUGGACCCCCUGGACCUCCUGUGGAAUCCCCUACCAAUGCAGUGCUUCAAGCACCAGUUCCAAAUGCAAAACCCACAAACAAGUUCAAGGUUUUGUCGAUUGUUAUUAUGACUGCCUUGACAUUCGGAUUGACAAGUCUUCUCAUAGUUGUGAUAUGGCAAAGUAGACGUCUUGGUUUCUACAAAAAUGAACCAAACGCUUUUGCAAGCUCGAAGCUCCAAAGAUAUACUUUCAGCACUUUGCUUGCUGCCACCAAAAAUUUUCAUGCAGCCAAUAAACUGGGAGAAGGGGGAUCUGCGGUAGUAUACAAGGGAAUCAUACAAACAAUUGGACCAGUUGCCAUCAAGUUCUUGCAAAUAAAAGCUCACUCAAUUUCCAACGAGGAAUUUAUCAAUGAAGUUUCAACGAUAUCCUAUCUCCAGCACAAGAAUUUGAUUAGACUGGUCGGAUUCUGCUGUGAAGGAGAACACCGGCUUCUUGUCUACGAGUUCCUUGAAAACAAUAGUCUCGCCUUAGCUAUCUUGAGUGGCCCAAACAAACUCUACAUCCCGUGGGCCAAACGUUACGAGAUUUGCCUAGGAGUUGCGCGUGGAAUUGCAUACCUCCAUGAGGAGUCAAGGACUCGAAUCGUGCACCGGGACAUCAAGGCGAGCAACAUCCUUCUCGACAAGGAAUUCAAUGCAAGGGUUUCCGAUUUCGGGCUGGCGCGGCUUCUCAAGGAUGGAGACACUCAUCUCAGCACAAGGGUCGCAGGAACAUUCGGGUAUCUUGCACCGGAGUAUGCCCUCCGAGGCAAGUUGACGGAGAAGGCCGAUGUCUACUCAUUUGGGAUCCUCUUGCUGGAGAUACUGAGCGGCCGGAGCAGCAUCGACUUUGAGCUCCCUCCUGAGAAGUCAUUUCUGCUGGAAUGGGCUUGGGAGCUAUACGAGGAAGGUCAAUGGCUGGAUCUAGUCGACGAGAAACUUCCUCCAGAGACAUGCCCGAAGGAAGAGCUGCAGAGAGUGAUGACAGUUUCGUUGAUCUGCACUCAAGGAGCUCCCUCAGCCCGUCCGGCAAUGUCACGGGUGGUGGCCAUGCUGCUUGGAGACAUUGCACCCACCUUGGAUAUCACAAGGCCAGGUUUCCUUCCAGACUUGAAACAUGCAGCCCUCAGCAAGGUCACUUCUUAAGCCUUUAGAUUUAAAUAAUCCAUAAAAUGUGUAAGAAUAAAAUCAAAGGACUCAGACACCUCAAAACGAAAUAGGGACAGAACUAUAGCUCGCCUAGAAUGUAUAUAGACCAGAUCAUUUCCUGAGCAGAUCUUAAUUUUUUUCUAAAAAAAAAAACACAUGCAA